AGUUCGAUUGGUAGUUCGAGGUACAUAUAACAUUAAUGUCGUUAGUAGUAUUGUUUUUGGUGAUGUAUCCUUAUUUUGACCACUCUUUGCCUUGUUUGUUUACAUUUGUGUACGUAGCCAGUACGAUCACAGAAAGGGCUGGGUUGAGAGGUUACAGCAUUGAACAGGAGAUGUUUUUGACGUUUCGUCGCCGGUAUCAUUUUAUUCUAUUUUUUCUCAAAACGACGUAUCAACAAAAUGGAUUCAUAAUUCAACUAACAACUUUUGAUGAUGUGAUGAAGACCAAUGGAAUGUUGAGACAUCAUUUUCCUAUUUAAGUGCGGGUUUUUGGUGUAAUUGUUUUACGUAGUAAGAGAGAUGUAGCUAAAUAAGUAUUUCGAACUAAUUUUCUAAGCAUUUUAUAUUAUUAAACAUCAUCUUGGCAAAAAUUAUUGUACACUAGAGAUAAAACGAAUGAAGGGCACUGGUUUAAACAGACUGGUUUUUAUUUUGGGCUGGGUGGAGGCUUCAGUCUUCAUCUGGCAAUCCUGAUUUAGGUUUACCGUGAUUUCUUGAAAUUACUUUAGGCAAAUGCUGGGAUGGUUACUACGGAACGGCCGCGGCCGACUUCGUGCCCCAUCAUUGUCAAACUAGACGAACUCCUCCUGCAUCAUAAGUUAGAAAAUGGCAGGUUCUGAUGCUGAGCAGUUCUCUCUGAGAUGGAACAACUUUCACAGCAAUCUUGUAUCAGGCUUCCAUGCUCUCCUGCAAGAAGUAGAACUGGUGGAUGUUACCCUUGCAGCUGAGGGACAGUUCAUUCAAGCACAUAAAAUUGUGCUUUCAGUUUGCAGUCCAUAUUUCAAGCAACUAUUUCAGGUAAAUCCAUGCAAACAUCCAAUUGUUAUCUUGAAGGAUGUGGGUCACAAAGAACUGAUUGCAAUUCUGCAGUUCAUGUACCAGGGAGAAGUUAACGUUCGUCAGGAAGAACUUGCCGAUUUCUUAAAAACUGCUGAACUCCUGCAGAUCAAAGGCUUAACUGGAAAUGAUAAUAAUCGAGAGCCAGAUAGAACACCUUGCACAACUCCUCAACCAUCACCUCAUCGGCAACCAGGAUCUCACAUUCGUGUAUCAAAUGUCAGAUCUGAGGCACACUUAUCAGAAGUGUCACAAGGAUAUCCUUCUGGAAAUGAGGCCAAUAUUGAUCUGGCUUCUGCUGUGAGUGAGGAAAGUGCAUCUCCAACUCGACCAACCAAACGGCUGCAUAGUGACGCAUCUGUUAGCUCAAGCACAUUAUCACAUAGGAAGGAACAAAAGGAGGAAGAAUUUGUUCAGAAAAUUCCCAAGGUUGAACCCAUCGAUCUUGACUUGGAUGCAGAAAUAACAAGUGAUCAAAUCUCUUCUGAAGGGCUCCAGCAAUUCCUUACAAAUUCUGGAAAGAGUACACAUCCACAACAAAAUAUUUCAGCAGGUGGAAAUGGAAACAGUACCCCAGCAAUAGCACAGAGUCAGUUGAUUCACCCUUCUUCCAUCUCACGCCAUGGACAGGUGUCUGAAACUUCAGUUGUUUCAGUGCAGAGUGCGAGUCAAGGUAUCCCUCGUUACGUGGAAAGUUCACGAGGUAAGAAGAAGCUGGUCUAUGGAGGGUACGUGUAUCACUUACACAGUGAUUUUGGGUCAAAGAAAUAUUGGAGAUGCACAGAAUACAGGAAGGGCUGCUUCGGACGUUGUACAAUGCAUGACAAUAAAAUAACUUCCACAAAUAUUGCACAUAACCACUUAAGUCAGACUCAGUUCUUACAGUGGGAGUCAUAUGAAAAUAAAAGAACUUCUACAAAUAUUUCACGUAACCAUUUAUGUCAAACUCAGGUCUUACCACGGGAGAUUAAGCCACUUGAUGUACUUGGCUACCCUUAAUAGGUGGUAAAAUAACAUUUUACUAAAUGGCAAGAAACUUUUCUUCUAUAGAAAAGUUUGCUGUGUGUGUUCAUUGCAUUGUUCGGUUCACUGCCGAUUGAAAGUGACCAAUUGAGUAUGAGAAUCAACUUAUGAAAAAUGAAUGAGUAGCAAAAUGUGUAACUGCUGGUCUUUGCACAUCACAAAAGGCAUAUUGCUAUCAAGUAAACCCAGUUUUGAUACACACAAGUAAGAUUAUGUGACUUGAAAUGAUUUUAUUGAUUUUGUAUGCCAAAUGUGUGUUUAUGUUUGCUGGUUUUGUAGCAGAAUUUGGGUCUGCUAGGUUUAUUCGGUAGUGUAUAUCUGUGAUUCAUGUAAUUUUAUAGAGAUUUUGAAUGUACCUUGAUAAUUACCAGUAUAAUUUCAUUUCAACUGGAUGUUUGUAUUGGACAUACAUUGAUACUUGCGUAGUUAUUUUGAUGCACUGAUCAAGGAAUACUGGAAGAUUAAUGGGUAUUUCAUUGGUACCUAGUGUGCUAGUUAACACUGAAUUGAAAACUUAUGUUAUUAUCAGAAACAUAUUUAGGGACUAAUUGAAUUUUGACAUGUAAAACAGUCAACCCAAUGGGUGAGGUUUCACAGAAAAAUUCACAAAUGAAGACUGUGAAUAAGGUGGAAUGGUGCAGCAGUUGCUUUGCUUUCUUCGUAGCCAAACACAUAAAAACAAUAGUAUUAAACGGUGAAAAGUCCAGAAAGGAUUAACAACAAUAUUAUGAAAAGGAUAGAUUGCUUCUCACCAAAUAGUGGAGAUGAAUUGGAGACAGGAACAGUGGAAAGAUAGCUCUAUAUUUAAGCUUGUGGACAAAAGGCCUUCUUCCAAAGUGGAAAACAUACACACCCAUUCACAACUCACCACUGUCUCCAGCUGUUGGACUGCAAACAGCAACUUCUCCUGACUGGAGGCAAUUUCGUGUUUGUGUUAAGGAUAAGAAGGAGGCAUGAGACAGGGAGGAGGAUGAAUACCAAGAUAGGGGUGGGAGAAGGUGCAGUGCUGCUUGGGGGAGCAUGCAGGGGCAUGGUAGGGAUGGUGUUGCUGGGUGCAUUUGGGAAAUUUGGUGCAUUGAGUGGAGGCAGGGAGGGGAGAAGCAGAGAAUGGGAAAUCGCUAGUGGGAGCAUUGGUAAAAUAAAAGGCUGUGUAGUGCUGGAAUGGGAGCGAGGAGGGGGGGAUAGGUAGGUGGAGGGCAGGGACUAGUAAAGGUUGAGGCCAAAGGGGGUUAUGGAAACAUAGAAUAUAUUAUGGGUAAACUUCCCACCUCCACAGUUCCGAAAAGCUGGUUUUGUAGAUGGUACAGACUAUGGAGCAGCCAUUGAAGUAAAGCAAAUCAUGUUGAACAGCAUAUUCAGCAACUGGAUGGUCCAGAUGUGUGUUUGCCACAGUUUGGCAGUGGCCAUUCAUGCAGACAGCCAGCUUCGUUGUCAUGUCCACACAGAAAGCAGCAUAGUGACUGCAACUUCAUUUUAGACCACAUGGCUAUUUUCACAGGUAGUGCUGCCUUUUAUAGGAUAGGAGAUGCCUGUGAUUGGACUGAAGUAGAUUGUGUUUGGAGGACAUAUGGGACAGGUCUUGCAUCUGGAUCUGUUGCAGAGACAUAAGUCAUGAGGCGAGGGUUUGGGAGCACGGGUGGGGUAGGGAUUGACAAGGAUAUUGCGCAGGUCAAGUUGGUGCCAGAAUACCACUGUGGGAGGGGCGGAAAUGGUAGUCAGUACGAUGAGAGGUAGUCGAAACCAUGGUGAAGAAUGUAAUUCUGUUGCUCCAUUUCAUUGAUAAUGGAUGACGAGAGGAGUGUUUCUGUGGAUGGAUGGUGAGUAUGUGGGACGUGUGUGAAGGUCACAGUGAGACCUUUGGUAUAUUUGGAGGUCUGGUUAUCACUACAGAUAAGAUGACCAAGGGUGGCUAGAUAGUAUGGAAUGGUCUCCUUGGUAUAGAUCUGGUGGCAGCUGUAAAAGUUGAGGUAUUAUUGGUUGUUGGUAGAUUUGGCAUGGAUGGAGAUAUGAUGUAGCCAUUCUUGAAGUGGAGGCCAACAUCAAGGAAGGUGGCUUGUUAGAUUGAAUAGGACCAUGUGACGUGUACGGAGGAGAAGUUGCUCAGGUUGUGGAGGAAUGUGGGUAGGGUGUCCACACCCUUGGUUCAGAACUCGAAGACAUCAUCACUGAAUGUAACCCACAUGAGGGUUGUGGGAUUCUGGUUAGUUAGGGACGAUUCCUCUAGACAGCCCAGGAAUAUUUUUGUGUAUAAUGGUGCUAUGUGGAUGCCCAUUUCUGUACCAUACUCACAAAGGAACACUCCUCUCAGGACUCAGUACCACCCUGGACUGUAGCAACUGAAUCACAUACUCUGCUAGGACUUCAUACCAACUAUUCUUCCUACCAAUCCUGCACUGGUAUUCCACCACCAAUCAAACUUAUACAAUAUUCUUGGCAAUCCCUACUCCAUCCCUGCUCCCAGCCCAUUGUCUCAUGGAUCGUACCCUUACAAUUGACCCAGAUGCAAGACCUGUCCUAUACGUCCUCCUCCCACCACCACCACCUCCUCUAUUCCAGUCACAGAUAUUUCCUAUCCUGUCAGGCUACCUGUGAAAACAUGCACGUGAUUUACAAACUGUAAUCACUGUGCUGCUUCUACAUGAGUGUGGCAAAUAAUAAGCUGUCUCUCCAUUUGAAUGGCCACUACCAGACUGUGGCCAAGAGAAAGCUGGACAACCCAUUUGGUUCAUAUGCUGCCCAAUGUGGUAUGCUUCACUUAAGUGACUGUUUCACAGCUUGUGCCAUCUGGAUGCUUCCUACGAAAGCUAGCUUUUCUGGACUGUGUAGGUGGGGGAGCUCUCCCUGCUGUAUAUCCUACAUCCGUUACCAUGACCAAACGUAUCGUUAAUAUCUAAACUAAAAUUAAAUCUACAACCGACGAAAACAGCAGGACCAUCCAGCAGAGCUUGUGAAGCGACAGACUUAACUGGAAUACGAUUCUUCUUGUCUCCAGCUGUUGUAGCAAACUCGAUGUUCUCGAUGGUCUUGUAGACUGUUUGCUUAGAACGGCGGCGAUAUCUUCUGUAAGGCAUCUUGGCAGCGUUCAAUGCAGUUGCCUGUGCAGCAGCAGCAGCGCGACGUAGCCGCUGCGCGGCAGUCGCUCGCUUAUAUACAUGUCCGAACACGCGUGACCUUGAUUCGGACUUAGAAUAUUUCUGCCGGCUGGCGGAGCGUUAUCCCGGACGCGAGCACUAGUUGUUCUAGGUGCUUGCGUCCGCUGUGCGCCAGCCAGGCGCGCUGCCAACAUUACGUAACUUGGUCGGCGGAUUGCG